GUCCACCGUGUUGAGUUCGUCUUUGUGAAACAGUGAGGAUGUUCGAACGAUGAGCGACACCUCGUCAGACCAUGAAGCCUCCUCGUCAUGCCGGGGUGGACCUGCUGUGCGAUAGGGAUCUUGAUGAUCUUAUGUGCCGGGGAAGGAAAGGCAACUUCGGAUCGACAUCGAGCAAAGCUCGGCUCGAAGUCCCAGCUUUGGACGAACCCCUUGUCGUGGGCGACCAGAGCCUUCUCGAACAUCUCGGGUAGGAUUCAAGGACUCAAGUUCCUGCUCAAGCCCCGUGUGUCCGUGAAUGCGUCCUCCGUGCCCUCCGCUUCCCUGCAGGGGACAAGACAUGACGAGGGCCUUCCGCCGCGUUUCGUCCCUUCGAGGCGGAUCGAUGAGAACAAAAAGAACGAAGUGAGGAGGACGUGGGAAAAUCGUUCCUCGUUAAAAUUUCUCGAUCGUCAAGUUCUCGUUUCGGGAGUGUGGGUGACGAUCGGAUUCCUCGCCGGUGUUUUUCUCCCCUCCUUCUUCAAGGAGUCGAAACAAGUCACAGUGUCAGGACCUCUAAAAGGGCCUGAGAAUGCAAUCCUCGAGUCCCUCGAAAAUCAACUCGCAUCCUCGAGCGAACUACCGCCGAGCAAGAAGAGCGAUUUUUUCUCAUCGCCCCUGGAUCUGAUGCGGAAAAUCAACGUGUCCGUGGGUGGUGGGUUGAAAAUCGUGUUGGCAGCGCUCGCCAUCAUCUGGAGCACCGUCGCCGCCGUCGGUGUCAUCGCGGCCGUCCUCACCCUCUACGCCAAUUAUUACUUCUUCCUUGGGAGAGUGACAAAAGGCGGGAAAGGGUUCGCCCCCUUCCGUUUUCUCCGCACUCUUCUCUCCUCUGCAUCGAACAUACUCGAUUCAGGUCCAAGCCAUCGUCCGUAUCACUCGUACGCUUCGGGAGGAGGAAACCAGGUGGAAACGCCGGUCUUGGACUUCAUCUAUAGAAUCCUGGACGCAGCGAAUCAGGGGUUGGCAUUGGAGGCGCAGCCUAAGAUACACCUGCCUCCUAAGGUGCCUUUCCCCCUCCCCCCACCGCAUGCGUUUCAUGGUCACCAUCUCCCACCGCCGCCAUUACUACCUCCGUCGCCCCCACGGAAACGAAAGCCGACUCUCUACAUUAUCCGAAAUCAUAAUAAGAAGAGGAAAAAACACCGGCCCAGGGGCUCCGAAGAGAGGCAUAGCAUACCGACAAAAACUCCCGCUCCCUACGAGGAGGAAGAAGACGAGAGCCUCGAGGCGGAAGAUAUGGGAGUGGCAUAUUCAAAUCAUCAUCCUCACUAUCGUCCAAUCUCCUCGGCAAGCCCGCAUGUGCACGUCAUCUACGAAGACGAGGAAAUCAUCGACGGACCGGAAAUCCCCUCCCCUGACAAGGAGGAAACAAUCGUGGGCUUGUCGGUGUUCAAAGGCGACCCGGCGAAUUAUACUGGGAUACCGAUCGCGUCUUCGCCGUACGAGCAUGUAUCAUGGCAGGACAGAUACGCCGCUCACGCUGGGUACGACGACACGUACGAGGGACCCCUCGCAGCGCCUCUCUCCGCCGUGGACGACGGAAACUACGAGGACGAGGACUACGAAGACGCGGGAUCCCAAGGAGGGUUGGGAUCGCGUGUCUACCUCAUCCUCCGCGACGUCCUCCAGCAUGUGCUCUCGGAGAGGGCUCGACCCCAUCGGAGGAAGCAACAGCCGGCCGAGUCGUACCAUUGGGAGGUCCUCGACGACGUCCUGUCUCGGCCGACGGUCGCUCGAGAUCGAGGGAGAUUCGUCCCAAAGUCUCCGCAUCGAUUUUGGAAGGACCUUGUCGCGGCCGCGUCCGAGUGA